AUGGAAAUCCCAGAAUCUUUCGUCUAUAGAUUAUUACAUGGAACUUUGAAUGAUUUAGGUUUAAACAAUGUGGCUGAUAAGUUAAUUGAAGAGAUCAAUGAUAAAGGAUUAUAUGUUGAAGAUUCUAAGGUGAAUAUCCCCAAUUCAUCCAAAAAGGUCAAAUUGAUUGAAUGGUUCAAUUCUAACUUAUCCAACGGGAAAUAUGAUGAUGUUAUUGAUUAUUUAGAGAAUAACUUAAAGAUAUAUUCUACCAAUGGGGAUGUUGGUGAAGAUAUUGGGAAAUUACCUAACCUACAUUCAGUUUUGAAUGUAAGUCAAGAAAUUGAUUUGAAUGAUUUAAGCUCUGUGGUUUUAGUCAUAAUGUAUCUUAUCAAGAGAAUCGAAUUCUUGGAGAAGCUUAUCAACUUCUCCUUGAAUAAUAAUGGGACUGAAACCAAUAAUAACUUGAUUCAAUUUUUGAGUGAUGAGUUGGGGCCAAUUUUAGAUACCAUCGUAUUAAAUGAUCAAUGUAACGAUUUAUUUGACGAGAACGUGAUUCAUAAUUUAACCAGAGAACUAGAAUCUUCAAAGUUGUUACUGUUGAUAAUGGAGCUGCCAUUGACUGAUUUCCAAAUAGAAAAUUUGAUUUUCAACAAGCAAAUAUUGUUCUUCAAUAUCCAUUUGAAAGACAAUAGUAGUAAAUAUCUUAUUAAGAAGUUAAGACAAUUAUUGAUGCAAAAAUAUUUAAAUAAAGUGUUUAAAGAUGAUUUUUAUGAAACUUCCUUACCAUUGUUCAAUUACAAAUUACCUCAUAACUUUUUGAAUAAAAUAAUUGAAGACUCCCUUGAGUUUAAUCGAUUAAAAUCAAAGUAUUAUUUACCUUUCAGAUCCAUAAAUAACGACAUAGAUGAUGAUGAUGAAUUUUUACCUCCAUCAGAAUCUAAUAUCAACAAUUUCUAUAAACCAAGGUUCCCAAAUAAGCUAUUACAUACUUUAUCCAAUCAUUCGGGACAAGUUUGGUUUACGAAAUUCUCACCUUCAGGAAAGUAUUUGAUUACAGGAGCAGCUGAUGGGAAAUUAAUCAUUUAUGAUGUCUUGAAUAACUUCGAGGUGUUAGCUACUUUGAUAAGUGAUGAUCUCUCUGAUAAAACAGCUUUCAUUAACUCCACGUAUAAACAAGUUAGUGGUAGCAAGGCCGUAAUCUAUUGUUGUUGGGAUCCUAAUGAAGAAUUCCUUGUAAGUGGAUCAUUGGACACUAGAGUAAGAAUUUGGGAUAUUAGAAAUCUUAAGAAUAAAAUCAAGAAAUCCGGUAGAAUAACAAGAUCCAAUAAUGAUGACACCGAAAUUAAACUUACAGCAUGUUUCGUUUUGGGUGAGAAGAUCAGAACAUGGUCUUGUGAAUUCUUACCUCCAAAUAAUGAUUCUCAUAAUAUUCCUCAGUUCAUAAUUGGAUCUCCUGAUAAGGUAUUGAAAGCUUAUGAUAUCUUUGGAACGGAAUUGUUUGAUUUUUAUGGUAAUACCAAGGAGAACUCUGUAGAUGAUUUAACUGAUGUUAAAAUGAAAAACGAGGAUGAUGAUGAUGAAUCAGAAGUCAUUGAAUAUGAAGAUGAUGAACAUGAUGUUGACAGAAUACCAACCAGAUCGAUUAAUCUCCAAACUUCUUCAUCUUCUUCAACCAAUUUGAGGGACAUGGGUAGCUCCAAGCAAGAUAGUUUCAACAGAAUCAAUGAUUUAUCUAUUUCACCUGAUGGGAAAAUCUUGGUGACAGCCAAUAAUAAUAAACAAGUUGACUUUUACACCAUACCAAACUUAGUCAAUGUUGAAUCAGUUACUAAUAGAAUUGCUAGUAUUAACUUGCAUGGAAGAUUAACAAGCUGUUCUAUCAGUAAGAACGGGAAAUUUUUAUUACUCAGCUUGGGUCCUGAUGAAUUACAAAUUUGGAAUAUUGAAAACUUGGCUGACACAGGUAAACCCAUUUUAUUCAAAAAACUUCUUGGUCACAGUCAAAGUACUUUCAUUAUCCGUUCAUGCUUUGGAUAUGUUGAUUUGAAAAACAAUCAAGAAGAAUUAGUUUUGAGUGGUAGUGAUGAAGGAGAUAUCUAUAUAUGGAAUUUAUUCUCUGGUCAAUUGAUCAAUAGAGUUAAAGGUCAUAUUGGAGCUUGUAAUUCUGUUGAUUGGAAUACAUCAUUUGUUCCUACAGCCACUACCAAAGAUUAUGGAAAGGUGUGGUGUUCUGUUGGAGAUGACAAAUUGGUUAAAAUCUGGGGGCCAGGAAAUUUAUAG